CUCUUCAACAAGCGGGAGUUCUUCAUCUGCAUCGCCCAGGGCAUCUACACCUCUGUCCUCAUGUUCUUCAUCCCCUACGGCGUCUUCGCUGACGCCACCCGCGACGAUGGCGCCCAGCUGGCCGACUACCAGUCCUUCGCCGUCACCGUCGCCACCUCCCUUGUGAUUGUCGUCAGCGUGCAGAUCGGGCUGGACACGGGCUUCUGGACGGCCAUCAACCACUUCUUCAUCUGGGGCAGCCUGGCCGCCUACUUCGCCAUCCUCUUUGCCAUGCACAGCGACGGCCUCUUCCAGAUGUUCCCCAACCAGUUCCGCUUCGUGGGUGAGGCGUGGCCGUGGGGGGCGGACACGGGGUCCUGUCCCCUGACGGCAGAUGGUUCUGCAGGUCCCUCACCUGUACCCUGUCCCCAGGUGCGCUACACGCAGCUGGUACGGAAGAAGCAGAAGACCCAGCACCGGUGCAUGCGGCGUGUGGGGCGCGUGGGCUCGCGCCGCUCCGGCUACGCCUUCUCCCACCAGGAGGGUUUCGGGGAGCUCAUCAUGUCGGGCAAGAACAUGCGGCUCAGCUCCCUGGCGCUCUCCAGCUUUGCCCCCCGCCCCAGCGCCGGCUGGAUUGAGACCCUGCGCAAGAAGAAGG